AUGGAAGCUGUGACUGAAACGCUGAGACAGCAGAAUGAAAAGCUUCAGGAGGAAAAUGAAGUGCUGAAGAAAGAGAAGCUCAGUCUGGAGCUGCACAUAAAGAGCAUGCACACUAACAAAAUGCUCACAGAGACGAGACUCAGAGAGCAAAACAAAAAACUGGAGAAGCAGAACGUAAAGCUGCAGACAGCAAAUAAAGAGCUGCAGGACACCAACAAGAAGCUGGCUCUGAGCGAAACUGUGAUUGAACACAGACUAACCCUACUGAGAGAGGAGAAGCAGCACCAGGAACUGCAGAAAGACAAUCAGCUCAGCAUCCUCCAGAAGCAAAAAGAGGAGAUGGAAGUAAAAAAUACAGUGAUGAAGGAGAACAUGGAUCAGGCAUUAGCAAAACUGAGAGAGGAGCAGCAGCUGCAAGACCAAAAGAAAGUCCAAGAAAUUCAGAGGCUGAACCACGUCAACAACUCUCUGUCUGUGAUGGUCUCCACCAUCCAAGAUCAGAUGCUGCUUCAGGAGACCCAACAUCAACAGAGAGAGGAAGAGUGGAAGAAUCAGCUGAACCAUCUAGAGAAGCUCAGAGAGGAGAUGGAAUCUGAAAAGCGUGACUUGGAGGAAGCAAUUAAACAGUGUCUUGAGAAAGAGGAAGAAAACACCAAAGAAGAAGGAAAAAAACCCUUUGGUGCCAUUUUUUCCAAAAGAAAAAACAUGAGUUGA